AUGCAAACGGAUUUAUUUAGCACAACCGCGCCACAGGACAGGACUACAUCUGGCACGACACAGCCAGGGCAAACAGAGAGCUCUGCUACGGAUGGUGAUACUUCCGGAGUUUUGUCUACCAUGACAUCGCCUGCAGACGUUAGCUUUGAAAGCAGCACCAUAUCAGUGACCGAAUCCAUUGCAAAAGAGUCAAGUGAGGAAUCACAAGGAACCACUAUUUCUGACGACACAUCGACGCCUGUGUUCCAAGAUACGUUCUCAACAUUGCCAUCAACAGACAUACCAUCAAGUGUAACCGGCGAAAAUAUCUCUCCAACCGUACCAGAUGACAUGACUACAGAAGAGUUUAUUGAUGUAACGGGUAGAACAGAAUUUACAUCUGUGAAAACGUCGGCAAGUCCUAGCGAAAGGACGACGGAAUUUGGUGUUUCUCCAACAGAUUUCUUGUCAAGUACAGAUACUUCUGUUUCACCAAGCACCGCGACUACGGUUGUUAUCAGUGAGACCUUUACCAGUAGUGAUUUACCAAUGGCCACAUUUGCGUCAGAAGAAACGACGCGCUCUGCAGGCACUCCUGAAUCUACUAUUUCUAGUGAUGUUACAACGUCUGUGGUUGUCGACACCUCAAGCUCGCGUGACGAAACUAUAGGCUUUACUACAGAUACAUCAUUCACUGUAGCUAAUACAACUGCCUUAACAGACAGUACUUCAGGGAAGACGUUUGGAGAAGAAAACACCACAUCAUCUACAGUUUCCCGUGGUGUUACAGACAGCGGCCAAAACCAAACAAUGCAAACGGAUUUAUUUAGCACAACCGCGCCACAUGACAGGACUACAUCUGGCACGACACAGCUAAGGGAAACAGAGAGCUCUGCUACGGAUGGUGAUACCUCUGGAGUUUUGUCUACCAUGACAUCGCCUGCAGACGUUAGCUUUGAAAGCAGCACCAUAUCAGUGACCGAAUCCACUGCAAGACAGUCAACUGAGGAAUCACAAGGAACCACUAUUUCUGACGACACAUUGACACGUAUGUUCCAAGAUACGUUCUCAACUUUGCCAUCAACAGACAUACCAUCAAGUGUAACCGGCGAAACUAUCUCUCCAACUUUACCGGAUGACAUGACUACAGAAGAGUUUACUGAUGUAACGGGUACAACAGAAUUUACAUCUGUGAAAACGUCGGCAAUUUCUAGGGAAAGCGAAAGGACGACGGAAUUUGGUGUUUCUCCAACAGAUUUCUUGUCAAGUACAGACUCUCCUGUUUCACGAAGCACCGAGAGCACGGUUGUUAUAAGUGAGACCUUUACCAGUAGUGAUUUACCAACGGCCACAUUUGCGUCAGAAGAAACGACGCGUUCUGCAGACACUCCUGAAUCUACUAUUUCAAGUGAUGUUACAACGCCUGUGGUUGUCGACACCUCAAGCUCGCGGGACGAAACUAUAGGCUUUACUACAGCUACAUCAUUCACUGUAGCUAAUACAACUGCCUUAACAGACAGUACUUCAGGGAUGACGUUUGGAGAAGAAAACACCACAUCAUCUACAGUUUCCCGUGGUGUUACAGAUAGCGGCCAAAACCAAACAAUGCAAACGGAUUUAUUUAGCACAACCGCGCAACAGGACAGGACUACAUCUGGCACGACACACCCAAGGCAAACAGAGAGCUCUGUUACGGAUGGUGAUACUUCCGGAGUUUCGUCUACCAUGACAUCGCCUGCAGACGUUAGCUUUGAAAGCAGCACCAUAUCAGUGACCGAAUCCACUGCAAGACAGUCAACUGAGGAAUCACAAGGAAGCACUAUUUCUGACGACACAUCGACGCCUGUGUUCCAAGAUACGUUCUCAACUUUGCCAUCAACAGACAUACCAUCAAGUGUAACCGGCGAAACUAUCUCUCCAACUUUACCGGAUGACAUGACUACAGAAGAGUUUACUGAUGUAACGGGUACAACAGAAUUUACAUCUGUGAAAACGUCGGCAAUUUCUACCGAAAGCGAAAGGACGACGGAAUUUGGUGUGUCUCCAACAGAUUUCUUGUCAAGUACAGAUUCUUCUGUUUUACCAAGCACCGCGAGUACGGUUGUUAUCAGUGAGACCUUUACCAGUAGUGAUUUACCAACGGCCACAUUUGCGUCAGAAGAAACGACACGUUCUGCAGGCACUCCUGAAUCUACUAUUUCAAGUGAUGUUACAACGCCUGUGGCUGUCGACACCUCAAGCUCGCGGGACGAAACUAUAGGCUUUACUACAGAUACAUCUUUUACUGUAGCUAAUACAACUGCCUUAACAGACAGUACUUCAGGGAUGACGUUUGGAGAAGAAAACACCACAUCAUCUACAGUUUCCCGUAGUGCUGCAGAUAGUGGUCAAAACCAAACAAUGCAAACGGAUUUAUUUAGCACAACCGCGCCACAGGACAGGACUACAUCUGGCACGACACAGCUAAGGGAAACAAAGAGCUCUGUUACGGAUGGUGAUACUUCCGGAGUUUCGUCUACCAUGACAUCGCCUGCAGACGUUAGCUUUGAAAGCAGCACCAUAUCAGUGACCGAAUCCACUGGAAGACAGUCAACUGAGGAAUCACAAGGAGGCACUAUUUCUGACGACACAUCGACGCGUAUGUUCCAAGAUACGUUCUCAACUUUGCCAUCAACAGACAUACCAUCAAGUGUAACCGGCGAAACUAUCUCUCCAACUUUACCGGAUGACAUGACUACAGAAGAGUUUACUGAUGUAACGGGUACAACAGCAUUUACAUCUGUGAAAACGUCGGCAAUUUCUAGCGAAAGCGAAAGGACGACGGAUUUUGGUGUGUCUCCAACAGAUUUCUUGUCAAGUACAGAUUCUUCUGUUUCACCAAGCACCGCGGAUACGGUUGUUAUAAGUGAGACCUUUACCAGUAGUGAUUUACCAACGGCCACAUUUGCGUCAGAAGAAACGACGCGCUCUGCAGGCACUCCUGAAUCUACUAUUUCUAGUGAUGUUACAACGCCUGUGGUUGUCGACACCUCAAGCUCGCGGGACGAAACUAUAGGCUUUACUACAGAUACAUCAUUCACUGUAGCUAAUACAACUGCCUUAACAGACAGUACUUCAGGGAUGACGUUUGGAGAAGAAAACACCACAUCAUCUACAGUUUCCCGUGGUGUUACAGACAGCGGCCAAAACCAAACAAUGCAAACAGAUUUAUUUAGCACAACCGCGCCACAGGACAGGACUACAUCUGGCACGACACAGCUAAGGGAAACAAAGAGCUCUGCUACGGAUGGUGAUACUUCUGGAGUUUCGGUAACCUUUGAAAGCAGCACCAUAUCAGUGACCAAAUCCACUGCAAGACAAUCAACUGAGGAAUCACAAGGAACCACUAUUUCUGACGACAUAUCGACGCCUGUGUUCCAAGAUACGUUGUCAACUUUGCUAUCAACAGACAUACCAUCAAGUGUAACCGGCGAAACUAUCUCUCCAACUUUACCGGAUGACAUGACUACAGAAGAGUUUACUGAUGUAACGGGUACAACAGAAUUUACAUCUGUGAAAAUGUCGGCAAUUUCUAGCGAAAGCAGAAGGAUGGCGGAAUUUGAUGUUUCUUUAACAGAUUUCUUGUCAAGUACAGAUUCUUCUGUUUCACCAAGCACCUCGAGUACGGUUGUUAUCAGUGAGACCUUUACCAGUAGUGAUUUACCAACGGCCACAUUUGCGUCAGAAGAAACGACGCGUUCUGCAGGCACUCGUGAAUCUACUAUUUCAAGUGAUGUUACAACGCCUGUGGUUGUCGACACCUCAAGCUCGCGUGACGAAACUACAUUCUUUACUACAGAUACAUCAUUCACUGUAGCUAAUACAACUGCCUUAACAGACAGUACUUCGGGGAUGACGUUUGGAGAAGAAAACACCACAUCAUCUACAGUUUCCCGUGGUGUUACAGAUAACGGCCAAAACCAAACAAUGCAAACGGAUUUAUUUAGCACAACCGCGCCACAGGACAGGACUACAUCUGGCACGACACAGCUAAGGGAAACAAAGAGCUCUUCUACGGAUGGUGAUACUUCCGGAGUUUCGUCUACCAUGACAACGCCUGCAGACGUUAGCUUUGAAACCAGCACCAUAUCAGUGACCGAAUCCACUGUAAGACAGUCAACUGAGGAAUCACAAGGAAGCACUAUUUCUGACGACAUAUCGACGCCUGUGUUCCAAGAUACGUUCUCAACUUUGCCAUCAACAGACAUACCAUCAAGUGUAACCGGCGAAACUAUCUCUCCAACUUUACCGGAUGACAUGACUACAGAAGAGUUUACUGAUGUAACGGGUACAACAGAAUUUACAUCUGUGAAAACGUCGGCAAUUUCUGGCGAAAGCAGAAGGACGACGGAACUUGAUGUUUCUCUAACAGAUUUCUUGUCAAGUACAGAUUCUUCUGUUUCACCAAGCACCGCGAGUACGGUUGUUAUCAGUGAGACCUUUACCAGUAGUGAUUUACCAACGGCCACAUUUGCGUCAGAAGAAACGACGCGCUCUGCAGGCACUCCUGAAUCUACUAUUUCUAGUGAUGUUACAACGCCUGUGGUUGUCGACACCUCAAGCUCGCGUGACGAAACUAUAGGCUUUAGUACAGAUACAUCAUUCACUGUAGCUAAUACAACUGCCUUAACAGACAGUACUUCAGGGAUGACGUUUGGAGAAGAAAACACCACAUCAUCUACAGUUUCCCGUGGUGUUACAGAUAGCGGCCAAAACCAAACAAUGCAAACGGAUUUAUUUAGCACAACCGCGCCACAGGACAGGACUACAUCUGGCACGACACAGCUAAGGGAAACAAAGAGCUCUUCUACGGAUGGUGAUACUUCCGGAGUUCCGUCUACCAUGACAACGCCUGCAGACGUUAGCUUUGAAACCAGCACCAUAUCAGUGACCGAAUCCACUGGAAGACAGUCAACUGAGGAAUCACAAGGAAGCACUAUUUCUGACGACAUAUCGACGCCUGUGUUCCAAGAUACGUUCUCAACUUUGCCAUCAACAGACAUACCAUCAAGUGUAACCGGCGAAACUAUCUCUCCAACUUUACCGGAUGACAUGACUACAGAAGAGUUUACUGAUGUAACGGGUACAACAGAAUUUACAUCUGUGAAAACGUCGGCAAGUUCUAGCGAAAGCGAAAGGACGACGGAUUUUGGUGUUUCUCCAACAGAUUUCUUGUCAAGUACAGAUUCUUCUGUUUCACCAAGCACCGCAAGUACGGUUGUUAUCAGUGAGACCUUUACCAGUAGUGAUUUACCAACGGCCACAUUUGCGUCAGAAGAAACGACGCUUUCUGCAGGCACUCCUGAAUCUACUAUUUCAAGUGAUGUUACAACGCCUGUGGUUGUCGACACCUCAAGGUCGCGGGACGAAACUAUAGGCUUUACUACAGAUACAUCAUUCACUGUAGCUAAUAGAACUGCCUUAACAGACAGUACUUCAGGGAUGACGUUUGGAGAAGAAAACACCACAUCAUCUACAGUUUCCCGUGGUGUUACAGAUAGCGGCCAAAACCAAACACUGCAAACGGAUUUAUUUAGCACAACCGCGCAACAGGACAGGACUACAUCUGGCACGAUACAGCGAAGGGAAACAAAGAGCUCUGCUACGGAUGGUGAUACUUCCGGAGUUUCGUCUACCAUGACAUCGCCUGCAGACGUUAGCUUUGAAAGCAGCACCAUAUCAGUGACCGAAUCCACUGCAAGACAGUCAACUGAGGAAUCACAAGGAAGCACUAUUUCUGACAUAUGGACGCCUGUGUUCCAAAAUAUGUUCUCAACUUUGCCAUCAACAGACAUACCAUCAAGUGUAACCGGCGAAACUAUCUCUCCAACUUUACCGGAUGACAUGACUACAGAAGAGUUUACUGAUGUAACGGGUACAACAGAAUUUACAUCUGUGAAAACGUCGGCAAGUUCUAGCGAAAGCAGAAGGACGACGGAACUUGAUGUUUCUCUAACAGAUUUCUUGUCAAGUACAGAUUCUUCUGUUUCACCAAGCACCGCAAGUACGAUUGUUAUAAGUGAGACCUUUACCAGUAGUGAUUUACCAACGGCCACAUUUGCGUCAGAAGAAACGACGCGCUCUGCAGGCACUCCUGAAUCUACUAUUUCUAGUGAUGUUACAACGCCUGUGGUUGUCGACACCUCAAGCUCGCGGGACGAAACUAUAGGCUUUACUACAGAUACAUCAUUCACUGUAGCUAAUACAACUGCCUUAACAGACAGUACUUUAGGGAUGACGUUUGGAGAAGAAAACACCACAUCAUCUACAGUUUCCCGUGGUGUUACAGACCGCGGCCAAAACCAAACAAUGCAAACGGAUUUAUUUAGCACAACCGCGAAACAGGACAGGACUACAUCUGGCACGACCCAGCCAAGGGAAACAAAGAGCUCUGCUACGGAUGGUGAUACUUCCGAAGUGUCGUCUACAAUGACAUCGCUUGCAGACGUUAGCUUUGAAAGCAGCACCAUAUCAGUGACCGAAUCCACUGCAAGACAGUCAACUGAGGAAUCACAAGGAAGCACUAUUUCUGACGACAUAUCGACGCCUGUGUUCCAAGAUACGUUCUCAACUUUGCCAUCAACAGACGUACCAUCAAGUGUAACCGGCGAAACUAUCUCUCCAACUUUACCGGAUGACAUGACUACAGAAGAGUUUACUGAUGUAACGGGUACAACAGAAUUUUCAUCUGUGAAAACGUCGUCAAUUUCUAGCGAAAGCAGAAGGACGACGGAACUUGAUGUUUCUCCAACAGAUUUCUUGUCAAGUACAGAUUCUUCUGUUUCACUAAGCACCGCGAGUACGGUUGUUAUCAGUGAGACCUUUACCAGUAGUGAUUUACCAACGGCCACAUUUGCGUCAGAAGAAACGACGCGUUCUGCAGGCACUCCUGAAUCUACUAUUUCAAGUGAUGUUACAACGCCUGUGGUUGUCGACACCUCAAGCUCGCGGGACGAAACUAUAGGCUUUACUACAGAUACAUCAUUCACUGUAGCUAAUACAACUGCCUUAACAGACAGUACUUCAGGGAUGACGUUUGGAGAAGAAAACACCACAUCAUCUACAGUUUCCCGUGGUGUUACAGAUAGCGGCCAAAACCAAACAAUGCAAACGGAUUUAUUUAGCACAACCGCGCAACAGGACAGGACUACAUCUGGCACGACACACCCAAGGCAAACAGAGAGCUCUGUUACGGAUGGUGAUACUUCCGGAGUUUCGUCUACCAUGACAUCGCCUGCAGACGUUAGCUUUGAAAGCAGCACCAUAUCAGUGACCGAAUCCACUGGAAGACAGUCAACUGAGGAAUCACAAGGAGGCACUAUUUCUGACGACACAUCGACGCGUAUGUUCCAAGAUACGUUCUCAACUUUGCCAUCAACAGACAUACCAUCAAGUGUAACCGGCGAAACUAUCUCUCCAACUUUACCGGAUGACAUGACUACAGAAGAGUUUACUGAUGUAACGGGUACAACAGAAUUUACAUCUGUGAAAACGUCGGCAAUUUCUAGCGAAAGCGAAAGGACGACGGAUUUUGGUGUGUCUCCAACAGAUUUCUUGUCAAGUACAGAUUCUUCUGUUUCACCAAGCACCGCGGAUACGGUUGUUAUAAGUGAGACCUUUACCAGUAGUGAUUUACCAACGGCCACAUUUGCGUCAGAAGAAACGACGCGCUCUGCAGGCACUCCUGAAUCUACUAUUUCUAGUGAUGUUACAACGCCUGUGGUUGUCGACACCUCAAGCUCGCGGGACGAAACUAUAGGCUUUACUACAGAUACAUCAUUCACUGUAGCUAAUACAACUGCCUUAACAGACAGUACUUCAGGGAUGACGUUUGGAGAAGAAAACACCACAUCAUCUACAGUUUCCCGUGGUGUUACAGACAGCGGCCAAAACCAAACAAUGCAAACGGAUUUAUUUAGCACAACCGCGCCACAGGACAGGACUACAUCUGGCACGACACAGCUAAGGGAAACAAAGAGCUCUGCUACGGAUGGUGAUACUUCUGGAGUUUCGUUAACCUUUGAAAGCAGCACCAUAUCAGUGACCAAAUCCACUGCAAGACAAUCAACUGAGGAAUCACAAGAAACCACUAUUUCUGACGACAUAUCGACGCCUGUGUUCCAAGAUACGUUGUCAGCUUUGCUAUCAACAGACAUACCAUCAAGUGUAACCGGCGAAACUAUCUCUCCAACUUUACCGGAUGACAUGACUACAGAAGAGUUUACUGAUGUAACGGGUACAACAGAAUUUACAUCUGUGAAAACGUCGGCAAUUUCUAGCGAAAGCAGAAGGAUGACGGAAUUUGAUGUUUCUUUAACAGAUUUCUUGUCAAGUACAGAUUCUUCUGUUUCACCAAGCACCUCGAGUACGGUUGUUAUCAGUGAGACCUUUACCAGUAGUGAUUUACCAACGGCCACAUUUGCGUCAGAAGAAACGACGCGUUCUGCAGGCACUCGUGAAUCUACUAUUUCAAGUGAUGUUACAACGCCUGUGGUUGUCGACACCUCAAGCUCGCGUGACGAAACUAUAGGCUUUACUACAGAUACAUCAUUCACUGUAGCGAAUACAACUGCCUUAACAGACAGUACUUCAGGGAUGACGUUUGGAGAAGAAAACACCACAUCAUCUACAGUUUCCCGUGGUGUUACAGAUAGCGGCCAAAACCAAACAAUGCAAACGGAUUUAUUUAGCACAACCGCGCAACAGGACAGGACUACAUCUGGCACGACACAGCUAAGGGAAACAAAGAGCUCUUCUACGGAUGGUGAUACUUCCGGAGUUUCGUCUACCAUGACAUCGCCUGCAGACGUUAGCUUUGAAAGCAGCACCAUAUCAGUGACCGAAUCCACUGCAAGACAGUCAACUGAGGAAUCACAAGGAAGCACUAUUUCUGACGACAUAUCGACGCCUGUGUUCCAAGAUACGUUCUCAACUUUGCCAUCAACAGACAUACCAUCAAGUGUAACCGGCGAAACUAUCUCUCCAACUUUACCGGAUGACAUGACUACAGAAGAGUUUACUGAUGUAACGGGUACAACAGAAUUUACAUCUGUGAAAACGUCGGCAAGUUCUAGCAAAAGCAAAAAGACGACGGAAUUUGAUGUUUCUCCAACAGAUUUCUUGUCAAGUACAGAUUCUUUUGUUUCACCAAGCACCUCGAGUACGGUUGUUAUCAGUGAAUCCUUUACCAGUAGUGAUUUACCAACGGCCACAUUUGCGUCAGAAGAAACGACGCGUUCUGCAGGCACUCCUGAAUCUACUAUUUCUAGUGAUGUUACAACGCCUGUGGUUGUCGACACCUCAAGCUCGCGGGACGAAACUAUAGGCUUUACUACAGAUACAUCAUUCACUGUAGCUAAUACAACUGCCUUAACAGACAGUACUUCAGGGAUGACGUUUGGAGAAGAAAACACCACAUCAUCUACAGUUUCCCGUGGUGUUACAGAUAGCGGCCAAAACCAAACAAUGCAAACGGAUUUAUUUAGCACAACCGCGCCACAGGACAGGACUACAUCUGGCACGACACAGCUAAGGGAAACAAAGAGCUCUGCUACGGAUGGUGAUACUUCCGGAGUUUCGUCUACAAUGACAUCACCUGCAGACGUUAGCUUUGAAAGCAGCACCAUAUCAGUGACCGAAUCCACUGCAAGACAGUCAACUGAGGAAUCACAAGGAAGCACUAUUUCUGACGACAUAUCGACGCCUGUGUUCCAAGAUACGUUCUCAACUUUGCCAUCAACAGACAUACCAUCAAGUGUAACCGGCGAAACUAUCUCUCCAACUUUACCGGAUGACAUGACUACAGAAGAGUUUACUGAUGUAACGGGUACAACAGAAUUUGCAUCUGUGAAAACGUCGGCAAGUUCUAGCGAAAGCGAAAGGACGACGGAUUUUGGGGUUUCUCCAACAGAUUUCUUGUCAAGUACAGAUUCUUCUGUUUCACCAAGCACCGCAAGUACGAUUGUUAUCAGUGAGACCUUUACCAGUAGUGAUUUACCAACGGCCACAUUUGCGUCAGAAGAAACGGCGCGCUCUGCAGGCACUCCUGAAUCUACUAUUUCUAGUGAUGUUACAACGCCUGUGGUUGUCGACACCUCAAGCUCGCGGGACGAAACUAUAGGCUUUACUACAGAUACAUCAUUUACUGUAGCUAAUACAACUGCCUUAACAGACAGUACUUCAGGGAUGACGUUUGGAGAAGAAAACACCACAUCAUCUACAGUUUCCCGUGGUGUUACAGAUAGCGGCCAAAACCAAACAAUGCAAACGGAUUUAUUUAGCACAACCGCGCCACAGGACAGGACUACAUCUGGCACGACACAGCUAAGGGAAACAAAGAACUCUGUUACGGAUGACAUACCAUCAAGUGUAACCGGCGAAACUAUCUCUCCAACUUUACCGGAUGACAUGACUACAGAAGAGUUUACUGAUGUAACGGGUACAACAGAAUUUACAUCUGUGAAAACGUCGGCAAGUUCUAGCGAAAGCGAAAGGACGACGGAUUUUGGUGUUUCUCCAACAGAUUUCUUGUCAAGUACAGAUUCUUCUGUUUCACCAAGCACCGCAAGUACGAUUGUUAUAAGUGAGACCUUUACCAGUAGUGAUUUACCAACGGCCACAUUUGCGUCAGAAGAAACGACGCGCUCUGCAGGCACUCCUGAAUCUACUAUUUCUAGUGAUGUUACAACGCCUGUGGUUGUCGACACCUCAAGCUCGCGGGACGAAACUAUAGGCUUUACUACAGAUACAUCAUUCACUGUAGCUAAUACAACUGCCUUAACAGACAGCACUUCAGGGAUGACGUUUGGAGAAGAAAACACCACAUCAUCUACAGUUUCCCGUGGUGUUACAAAUAGCGGCCAAAACCAAACACUGCAAACGGAUUUAUUUAGCACAACCGCGCCACAGGACAGGACUACAUCUGGCACGACACAGCUAUGGGAAACAAAGAGCUCAGCUGCGGAUGGUGAUACAUCCGGAGUUUCGUCUACCAUGACAUCGCCUGCAGACGUUAGCUUUGAAAGCAGCACCAUAUCAGUGACCGAAUCCACUGCAAGACAGUCAACUGAGGAAUCACAAGGAAGCACUAUUUCUGACGACAUAUCGACGCCUGUGUUCCAAGAUACGUUCUCAACUUUGCCAUCAACAGACAUACCAUCAAGUGUAACCGGCGAAACUAUCUCUCCAACUUUACCGGAUGACAUGACUACAGAAGAGUUUACUGAUGUAACAGGUACAACAGAAUUUACAUCUGUGAAAACGUCGGCAAUUUCUAGCGAAAGCAGAAGGACGACGGAACUUGAUGUUUCUCUAACAGAUUUCUUGUCAAGUACAGAUUCUUCUGUUUCACCAAGCACCGCAAGUACGGUUGUUAUCAGUGAGACCUUUACCACUAGUGAUUUACCAACGGCCACAUUUGCGUCAGAAGAAACGACGCGUUCUGCAGGCACUCCUGAAUCUACUAUUUCUACAGAUGUUACAACGCCUGUGGUUGUCGACACCUCAAGCUCACGUGACGAAACUAUAGGCUUUACUACAGAUACAUCAUUCACUGUAGCUAAUACAACUGCCUUAACAGACAGUACUUCAGGGAUGACGUUUGGAGAAGAAAACACCACAUCAUCUACAGUUUCCCGUGGUGUUACAGACAGCGGCCAAAACCAAACAAUGCAAACGGAUUUAUUUAGCACAACCGCGCAACAGGACAGGACUACAUCUGGCACGACCCAGCCAAGGGAAACAAAGAGCUCUGCUACGGAUGGUGAUACUUCCGGAGUGUCGUCUACAAUGACAUCGCUUGCAGGCGUUAGCUUUGAAAGCAGCACCAUAUCAGUGACCGAAUCCACUGCAAGACAGUCAACUGAGGAAUCACAAGGAAGCACUAUUUCUGACGACAUAUCGACGCCUGUGUUCCAAGAUACGUUCUCAACUUUGCCAUCAACAGACAUACCAUCAAGUGUAACCGGCGAAACUAUCUCUCCAACUUUACCGGAUGACAUGACUACAGAAGAGUUUACUGAUGUAACGGGUACAACAGAAUUUACAUCUGUGAAAACGUCGGCAAGUUCUAGCGAAAGCAAAAAGACGACGGAAUUUGAUGUUUCUCCAACAGAUUUCUUGUCAAGUACAGAUUCUUUUGUUUCACCAAGCACCGCGAGUACGGUUGUUAUCAGUGAAUCCUUUACCAGUAGUGAUUUACCAACGGCCACAUUUGCGUCAGAAGAAACGACGCGUUCUGCAGGCACUCCUGAAUCUACUAUUUCUAGUGAUGUUACAACGCCUGUGGUUGUCGACACCUCAAGCUCGCGGGACGAAACUAUAGGCUUUACUACAGAUACAUCAUUUACUGUAGCUAAUACAACUGCCUUAACAGACAGUACUUCAGGGAUGACGUUUGGAGAAGAAAACACCACAUCAUCUACAGUUUCCCGUGGUGUUACAGAUAGCGGCCAAAACCAAACAAUGCAAACGGAUUUAUUUAGCACAACCGCGCCACAGGACAGGACUACAUCUGGCACGACACAGCUAAGGGAAACAAAGAGCUCUGUUACGGAUGGUGAUACUUCCGGAGUUUUGUCUACCAUGACAUCGCCUGCAGACGUUAGCUUUGAAAGCAGCACCAUAUCAGUGACCGAAUCCACUGCAAGACAGUCAACUGAGGAAUCACAAGGAAGCACUAUUUCUGACAUAUCGACGCCUGUGUUCCAAAAUACGUUCUCAACUUUGCCAUCAACAGACAUACCAUCAAGUGUAACCGGCGAAACUAUCUCUCCAACUUUACCGGAUGACAUGACUACAGAAGAGUUUACUGAUGUAACGGGUACAACAGAAUUUACAUCUGUGAAAACGUCGGCAAGUUCUAGCGAAAGCGAAAGGACGACGGAUUUUGGUGUUUCUCCAACAGAUUUCUUGUCAAGUACAGAUUCUUCUGUUUCACCAAGCACCGCAAGUACGAUUGUUAUAAGUGAGACCUUUACCAGUAGUGAUUUACCAACGGCCACAUUUGCGUCAGAAGAAACGACGCGCUCUGCAGGCACUCCUGAAUCUACUAUUUCUAGUGAUGUUACAACGCCUGUGGUUGUCGACACCUCAAGCUCGCGGGACGAAACUAUAGGCUUUACUACAGAUACAUCAUUCACUGUAGCUAAUACAACUGCCUUAACAGACAGCACUUCAGGGAUGACGUUUGGAGAAGAAAACGCCACAUCAUCUACAGUUUCCCGUGGUGUUACAAAUAGCGGCCAAAACCAAACACUGCAAACGGAUUUAUUUAGCACAACCGCGCCACAGGACAGGACUACAUCUGGCACGACACAGCUAAGGGAAACAGAGAGCUCAGCUGCGGAUGGUGAUACAUCCGGAGUUUCGUCUACCAUGACAUCGCCUGCAGACGUUAGCUUUGAAAGCAGCACCAUAUCAGUGACCGAAUCCACUGCAAGACAGUCAACUGAGGAAUCACAAGGAAGCACUAUUUCUGACGACAUAUCGACGCCUGUGUUCCAAGAUACGUUCUCAACUUUGCCAUCAACAGACAUACCAUCAAGUGUAACCGGCGAAACUAUCUCUCCAACUUUACCGGAUGACAUGACUACAGAAGAGUUUACUGAUGUAACAGGUACAACAGAAUUUACAUCUGUGAAAACGUCGGCAAUUUCUAGCGAAAGCAGAAGGACGACGGAAUCUGAUGUUUCUCUAACAGAUUUCUUGUCAAGUACAGAUUCUUCUGUUUCACCAAGCACCGCGAGUACGGUUGUUAUCAGUGAGACCUUUACCAGUAGUGAUUUACCAACGGCCACAUUUGCGUCAGAAGAAACGACGCGUUCUGCAGGCACUCCUGAAUCUACUAUUUCAAGUGAUGUUACAACGCCUGUGGUUGUCGACACCUCAAGCUCGCGGGACGAAACUAUAGGCUUUACUACAGAUACAUCAUUCACUGUAGCUAAUACAACUGCCUUAACAGACAGUACUUCAGGGAUGACGUUUGGAGAAGAAAACACCACAUCAUCUACAGUUUCCCGUGGUGUUACAGAUAGCGGCCAAAACCAAACAAUGCAAACGGAUUUAUUUAGCACAACCGCGCAACAGGACAGGACUACAUCUGGCACAACACAGCUAAGGGAAACAAAGAGCUCUGCUACGGAUGGUGAUACUUCCGGAGUUUCGUCUACCAUGACAUCGCCUGCAGACGUUAGCUUUGAAAGCAGCACCAUAUCAGUGACCGAAUCCACUGCAAGACAGUCAACUGAGGAAUCACAAGGAAGCACUAUUUCUGACGACAUAUCGACGCCUGUGUUCCAAGAUACGUUCUCAACUUUGCCAUCAACAGACAUACCAUCAAGUGUAACCGGCGAAACUAUCUCUCCAACUUUACCGGAUGACAUGAGUACAGAAGAGUUUACUGAUGUAACAGGUACAAAAGAAUUUACAUCUGUGAAAACGUCGGCAAUUUCUAGCGAAAGCGAAAGGACGACAGAUUUUGGUGUUUCUCCAACAGAUUUCUUGUCAAGUACAGAUUCUUUUGUUUCACCAAGCACCGCAAGUACGAUUGUUAUAAGUGAGACCUUUACCAGUAGUGAUUUACCAACGGCCACAUUUGCGUUAGAAGAAACGACGCGUUCUGCAGGCACUCCUGAAUCUACUAUUUCUGGUGAUGUAACAACGCCUGUGGUUGUCGACACCUCAAGCUCGCGGGACGAAACUAUAGGCUUUACUACAGAUACAUCAUUCACUGUAGCUAAUACAACUGCCUUAACAGACAGUACUUCAGGGAUGACGUUUGGAGAAGAAAACACCACAUCAUCUACAGUUUCCCCUGGUGUUACAGAUAGCGGCCAAAACCAAACAAUGCAAACGGAUUUAUUUAGCACAACCGCGCCACAGGACAGGACUACAUCUGGCACGACACAGCUAAGGGAAACAAAGAGCUCUUCUACGGAUGGUGAUACUUCCGGAGUUUCGUCUACCAUGACAACGCCUGCAGACGUUAGCUUUGAAACCAGCACCAUAUCAGUGACCGAAUCCACUGUAAGACAGUCAACUGAGGAAUCACAAGGAAGCACUAUUUCUGACAACAUAUCGACGCCUGUGUUCCAAAAUACGUUAUCAACUUUGCCAUCAACAGACAUACCAUCAAGUGUAACCGGCGAAACUAUCUCUCCAACUUUACCGGAUGACAUGACUACAGAAGAGUUUACUGAUGUAACGGGUACAACAGAAUUUACAUCUGUGAAAACGUCGGCAAGUUCUAGCGAAAGCGAAAGGACGACGGAUUUUGGUGUUUCUCCAACAGAUUUCUUGUCAAGUACAGAUUCUUCUGUUUCACCAAGCACCGCAAGUACGAUUGUUAUAAGUGAGACCUUUACCAGUAGUGAUUUACCAAUGGCCACAUUUGCGUCAGAAGAAACGACGCGCUCUGCAGGCACUCCUAAAUCUACUGUUUCUAGUGAUGUUACAACGCCUGUGGUUGUCGACACCUCAAGCUCGCGGGACGAAACUAUAGGCUUUACUACAGAUACAUCAUUCACUGUAGCUAAUACAACUGCCUUAACAGACAGUACUUCAGGGAUGACGUUUGGAGAAGAAAACACCACAUCAUCUACAGUUUCCCGUGGUGUUACAGAUAGCAGCCAAAACCAAACACUGCAAACGGAUUUAUUUAGCACAACCGCGCAACAGGACAGGACUACAUCUGGCACGACACAGCCAAGGGAAACAAAGAGCUCUGCUACGGAUGGUGAUACUUCCGGAGUGUCGUCUACAAUGACAUCGCUUGCAGACGUUAGCUUUGAAAGCAGCACCAUAUCAGUGACCGAAUCCACUGCAAGACAGUCAACUGAGGAAUCACAAGGAAGCACUAUUUCUGACGACAUAUCGACGCCUGUGUUCCAAGAUACGUUCUCAACUUUGCCAUCAACAGACAUACCAUCAAGUGUAACCGGCGAAACUAUCUCUCCAACUUUACCGGAUGACAUGACUACAGAAGAGUUUACUGAUGUAACGGGUACAACAGAAUUUUCAUCUGUGAAAACGUCGUCAAUUUCUAGCGAAAGCAGAAGGACGACGGAACUUGAUGUUUCUCCAACAGAUUUCUUGUCAAGUACAGAUUCUUCUGUUUCACUAAGCACCGCGAGUACGGUUGUUAUCAGUGAGACCUUUACCAGUAGUGAUUUACCAACGGCCACAUUUGCGUCAGAAGAAACGACGCGUUCUGCAGGCACUCCUGAAUCUACUAUUUCAAGUGAUGUUACAACGCCUGUGGUUGUCGACACCUCAAGCUCGCGGGACGAAACUAUAGGCUUUACUACAGAUACAUCAUUCACUGUAGCUAAUACAACUGCCUUAACAGACAGUACUUCAGGGAUGACGUUUGGAGAAGAAAACACCACAUCAUCUACAGUUUCCCGUGGUGUUACAGAUAGCAGCCAAAACCAAACACUGCAAACGGAUUUAUUUAGCACAACCGCGCAACAGGACAGGACUACAUCUGGCACGACCCAGCCAAGGGAAACAAAGAGCUCUGCUACGGAUGGUGAUACUUCCGGAGUGUCGUCUACAAUGACAUCGCUUGCAGGCGUUAGCUUUGAAAGCAGCACCAUAUCAGUGACCGAAUCCACUGCAAGACAGUCAACUGAGGAAUCACAAGGAAGCACUAUUUCUGACGACAUAUCGACGCCUGUGUUCGAAGAUACGUUCUCAACUUUGCCAUCAACAGACAUACCAUCAAGUGUAACCGGCGAAACUAUCUCUCCAACUUUACCGGAUGACAUGACUACAGAAGAGUUUACUGAUGUAACGGGUACAACAGAAUUUACAUCUGUGAAAACGUCGGCAAGUUCUAGCGAAAGCAAAAAGACGACGGAAUUUGAUGUUUCUCCAACAGAUUUCUUGUCAAGUACAGAUUCUUUUGUUUCACCAAGCACCGCGAGUACGGUUGUUAUCAGUGAAUCCUUUACCAGUAGUGAUUUACCAACGGCCACAUUUGCGUCAGAAGAAACGACGCGUUCUGCAGGCACUCCUGAAUCUACUAUUUCUAGUGAUGUUACAACGCCUGUGGUUGUCGACACCUCAAGCUCGCGGGACGAAACUAUAGGCUUUACUACAGAUACAUCAUUUACUGUAGCUAAUACAACUGCCUUAACAGACAGUACUUCAGGGAUGACGUUUGGAGAAGAAAACACCACAUCAUCUACAGUUUCCCGUGGUGUUACAGAUAGCGGCCAAAACCAAACAAUGCAAACGGAUUUAUUUAGCACAACCGCGCCACAGGACAGGACUACAUCUGGCACGACACAGCUAAGGGAAACAAAGAGCUCUGCUACGGAUGGUGAUACUUCCGGAGUUUCGUCUACCAUGACAUCGCCUGCAGACGUUAGCUUUGAAAGCAGCACCAUAUCAGUGACCGAAUCCACUGCAAGACAGUCAACUGAGGAAUCACAAGGAAGCACUAUUUCUGACAUAUCGACGCGUAUAUUCCAAAAUACGUUCUCAACUUUGCCAUCAACAGACAUACCAUCAAGUGUAACCGGCGAAACUAUCUCUCCAACUUUACCGGAUGACAUGACUACAGAAGAGUUUACUGAUGUAACGGGUACAACAGAAUUUACAUCUGUGAAAACGUCGGCAAGUUCUAGCGAAAGCGAAAGGACGACGGAAUUUGAUGUUUCUCUAACAGAUUUCUUGUCAAGUACAGAUUCUUCUGUUUCACCAAGCACCGCGAGUACGGUUGUUAUCAGUGAGACCUUUACCAGUAGUGAUUUACCAACGGCCACAUUUGCGUCAGAAGAAACGACACGUUCUGCAGGCACUCCUGAAUCUACUAUUUCAAGUGAUGUUACAACGCCUGUGGUUGUCGACACCUCAAGCUCGCGGGACGAAACUAUAGGCUUUACUACAGAUACAUCAUUCACUGUAGCUAAUACAACUGCCUUAACAGACAGUACUUCAGGGAUGACGUUUGGAGAAGAAAACACCACAUCAUCUACAGUUUCCCCUGGUGUUACAGAUAGCGGCCAAAACCAAACAAUGCAAACGGAUUUAUUUAGCACAACCGCGCCACAGGACAGGACUACAUCUGGCACGACACAGCUAAGGGAAACAAAGAGCUCUUCUACGGAUGGUGAUACUUCCGGAGUUUCGUCUACCAUGACAACGCCUGCAGACGUUAGCUUUGAAACCAGCACCAUAUCAGUGACCGAAUCCACUGUAAGACAGUCAACUGAGGAAUCACAAGGAAGCACUAUUUCUGACAACAUAUCGACGCCUGUGUUCCAAAAUACGUUCUCAACUUUGCCAUCAACAGACAUACCAUCAAGUGUAACCGGCGAAACUAUCUCUCCAACUUUACCGGAUGACAUGACUACAGAAGAGUUUACUGAUGUAACGGGUACAACAGAAUUUACAUCUGUGAAAACGUCGGCAAGUUCUAGCGAAAGCGAAAGGACGACGGAUUUUGGUGUUUCUCCAACAGAUUUCUUGUCAAGUACAGAUUCUUCUGUUUCACCAAGCACCGCAAGUACGAUUGUUAUAAGUGAGACCUUUACCAGUAGUGAUUUACCAAUGGCCACAUUUGCGUCAGAAGAAACGACGCGCUCUGCAGGCACUCCUAAAUCUACUGUUUCUAGUGAUGUUACAACGCCUGUGGUUGUCGACACCUCAAGCUCGCGGGACGAAACUAUAGGCUUUACUACAGAUACAUCAUUCACUGUAGCUAAUACAACUGCCUUAACAGACAGUACUUCAGGGAUGACGUUUGGAGAAGAAAACACCACAUCAUCUACAGUUUCCCGUGGUGUUACAGAUAGCAGCCAAAACCAAACACUGCAAACGGAUUUAUUUAGCACAACCGCGCAACAGGACAGGACUACAUCUGGCACGACACAGCCAAGGGAAACAGAGAGCUCUUCUACGGAUGGUGAUACUUCCGGAGUUUCGUCUACAAUGACAUCGCCUGCAGACGUUAGCUUUGAAAGCAGCACCAUAUCAGUGACCGAGUCCACUGCAAGACAGUCAACUGAGGAAUCACAAGGAACCACUAUUUCUGACGACACAUCGACGCGUAUGUUCCAAAAUACGUUCUCAACAUUGCCAUCAACAGACAUACCAUCAAGUGUAACCGGCGAAACUAUCUCUCCAACUUUACCGGAUGACAUGACUACAGAAGAGUUUACUGAUGUAACGGGUACAACAGAAUUUACAUCUGUGAAAACGUCGGCAAUUUCUAGCGAAAGCAGAAGGACGACGGAAUUUGAUGUUUCUCUAACAGAUUUCUUGUCAAGUACAGAUUCUUCUGUUUCACCAAGCACCUCGAGUACGGUUGUUAUCAGUGAGACAUUUACCAGUAGUGAUUUACCAACGACCACAUUUGCGUCAGAAGAAACGACACGUUCUGCAGGCACUCCUGAAUCUACUAUUUCUAGUGAUGUUACAACGCCUGUGGUUGUCGACACCUCAAGUUCGCGGGACGAAACUAUAGGCUUUACUACAGAUACAUCAUUCACUGUAGCUAAUACAACUGCCUUAACAGACAGUACUUCAGGGAUGACGUUUGGAGAAGAAAACACCACAUCAUCUACAGUUUCCCGUGGUGUUACAGACAGCGGCCAAAACCAAACACUGCAAACAGAUUUAUUUAGCACAACCGCGCAACAGGACAGGACUACAUCUGGCACGACCCAGCCAAGGGAAACAAAGAGCUCUGCUACGGAUGGUGAUACUUCCGGAGUGUCGUCUACAAUGACAUCGCUUGCAGACGUUAGCUUUGAAAGCAGCACCAUAUCAGUGACCGAAUCCACUGCAAGAGGGUCAACUGAGGAAUCACAAGGAAGCACUAUUUCUGACGACAUAUCGACGCCUGUGUUCCAAGAUACGUUCUCAACUUUGCCAUCAACAGACAUACCAUCAAGUGUAACCGGCGAAACUAUCUCUCCAACUUUACCGGAUGACAUGACUACAGAAGAGUUUACUGAUGUAACGGGUACAACAGAAUUUUCAUCUGUGAAAACGUCGGCAAGUUCUAGCGAAAGCAAAAAGACGACGGAAUUUGAUGUUUCUCCAACAGAUUUCUUGUCAAGUACAGAUUCUUUUGUUUCACCAAGCACCGCGAGUACGGUUGUUAUCAGUGAAUCCUUUACCAGUAGUGAUUUACCAAUGGCCACAUUUGCGUCAGAAGAAACGACGCGCUCUGCAGGCACUCCUAAAUCUACUGUUUCUAGUGAUGUUACAACGCCUGUGGUUGUCGACACCUCAAGCUCGCGGGACGAAACUAUAGGCUUUACUACAGAUACAUCAUUCACUGUAGCUAAUACAACUGCCUUAACAGACAGUACUUCAGGGAUGACGUUUGGAGAAGAAAACACCACAUCAUCUACAGUUUCCCGUGGUGUUACAGAUACCAGCCAAAACCAAACACUGCAAACGGAUUUAUUUAGCACAACCGCGCCACAGGACAGGACUACAUCUGGCACGACACAGCCAAGGGAAACAGAGAGCUCUUCUACGGAUGGUGAUACUUCCGGAGUUUCGUCUACAAUGACAUCGCCUGCAGACGUUAGCUUUGAAAGCAGCACCAUAUCAGUGACCGAGUCCACUGCAAGACAGUCAACUGAGGAAUCACAAGGAACCACUAUUUCUGACGACACAUCGACGCGUAUGUUCCAAAAUACGUUCUCAACAUUGCCAUCAACAGACAUACCAUCAAGUGUAACCGGCGAAACUAUCUCUCCAACUUUACCGGAUGACAUGACUACAGAAGAGUUUACUGAUGUAACGGGUACAACAGAAUUUACAUCUGUGAAAACGUCGCCAAUUUCUAGCGAAAGCAGAAGGACGACGGAACUUGAUGUUUCUCUAACAGAUUUCUUGUCAAGUACAGAUUCUUCUGUUUCACCAAGCACCUCGAGUACGGUUGUUAUAAGUGAGACCUUUACCAGUAGUGAUUUACCAAUGGCCACAUUUGCGUCAGAAGAAACGACGCGUUCUGCAGGCACUCCUGAAUCUACUAUUUCAAGUGAUGUUACAACGCCUGUGGUUGUCGACACCUCAAGCUCGCGGGACGAAACUAUAGGCUUUACUACAGAUACAUCAUUCACUGUAGCUAAUACAACUGCCUUAACAGACAGUACUUCAGGGAUGACGUUUGGAGAAGAAAACACCACAUCAUCUACAGUUUCCCGUGGUGUUACAGAUAGCAGCCAAAACCAAACACUGCAAACGGAUUUAUUUAGCACAACCGCGCAACAGGACAGGACUACAUCUGGCACGACACAGCCAAGGGAAACAGAGAGCUCUUCUACGGAUGGUGAUACUUCCGGAGUUUCGUCUACAAUGACAUCGCCUGCAGACGUUAGCUUUGAAAGCAGCACCAUAUCAGUGACCGAGUCCACUGCAAGACAGUCAACUGAGGAAUCACAAGGAACCACUAUUUCUGACGACACAUCGACGCGUAUGUUCCAAAAUACGUUCUCAACAUUGCCAUCAACAGACAUACCAUCAAGUGUAACCGGCGAAACUAUCUCUCCAACUUUACCGGAUGACAUGACUACAGAAGAGUUUACUGAUGUAACGGGUACAACAGAAUUUACAUCUGUGAAAACGUCGGCAAUUUCUAGCGAAAGCAGAAGGACGACGGAACUUGAUGUUUCUCUAACAGAUUUCUUGUCAAGUACAGAUUCUUCUGUUUCACCAAGCACCUCGAGUACGGUUGUUAUCAGUGAGACAUUUACCAGUAGUGAUUUACCAACGACCACAUUUGCGUCAGAAGAAACGACACGUUCUGCAGGCACUCCUGAAUCUACUAUUUCUAGUGAUGUUACAACGCCUGUGGUUGUCGACACCUCAAGUUCGCGGGACGAAACUAUAGGCUUUACUACAGAUACAUCAUUCACUGUAGCUAAUACAACUGCCUUAACAGACAGUACUUCAGGGAUGACGUUUGGAGAAGAAAACACCACAUCAUCUACAGUUUCCCGUGGUGUUACAGACAGCGGCCAAAACCAAACACUGCAAACAGAUUUAUUUAGCACAACCGCGCAACAGGACAGGACUACAUCUGGCACGACCCAGCCAAGGGAAACAAAGAGCUCUGCUACGGAUGGUGAUACUUCCGGAGUGUCGUCUACAAUGACAUCGCUUGCAGACGUUAGCUUUGAAAGCAGCACCAUAUCAGUGACCGAAUCCACUGCAAGAGGGUCAACUGAGGAAUCACAAGGAAGCACUAUUUCUGACGACAUAUCGACGCCUGUGUUCCAAGAUACGUUCUCAACUUUGCCAUUAACAGACAUACCAUCAAGUGUAACCGGCGAAACUAUCUCUCCAACUUUACCGGAUGACAUGACUACAGAAGAGUUUACUGAUGUAACGGGUACAACAGAAUUUUCAUCUGUGAAAACGUCGGCAAGUUCUAGCGAAAGCAAAAAGACGACGGAAUUUGAUGUUUCUCCAACAGAUUUCUUGUCAAGUACAGAUUCUUUUGUUUCACCAAGCACCGCGAGUACGGUUGUUAUCAGUGAAUCCUUUACCAGUAGUGAUUUACCAAUGGCCACAUUUGCGUCAGAAGAAACGACGCGCUCUGCAGGCACUCCUAAAUCUACUGUUUCUAGUGGUGUUACAACGCCUGUGGUUGUCGACACCUCAAGCUCGCGGGACGAAACUAUAGGCUUUACUACAGAUACAUCAUUCACUGUAGCUAAUACAACUGCCUUAACAGACAGUACUUCAGGGAUGACGUUUGGAGAAGAAAACACCACAUCAUCUACAGUUUCCCGUGGUGUUACAGAUACCAGCCAAAACCAAACACUGCAAACGGAUUUAUUUAGCACAACCGCGCAACAGGACAGGACUACAUCUGGCACGACACAGCCAAGGGAAACAGAGAGCUCUUCUACGGAUGUUGAUACUUCCGGAGUUUCGUCUACAAUGACAUCGCCUGCAGACGUUAGCUUUGAAAGCAGCACCAUAUCAGUGACCGAGUCCACUGCAAGACAGUCAACUGAGGAAUCACAAGGAAGCACUAUUUCUGACGACACAUCGACGCGUAUGUUCCAAAAUACGUUCUCAACAUUGCCAUCAACAGACAUACCAUCAAGUGUAACCGGCGAAACUAUCUCUCCAACUUUACCGGAUGACAUGACUACAGAAGAGUUUACUGAUGUAACGGGUACAACAGAAUUUACAUCUGUGAAAACGUCGGCAAUUUCUAGCGAAAGCAGAAGGACGACGGAACUUGAUGUUUCUCUAACAGAUUUCUUGUCAAGUACAGAUUCUUCUGUUUCACCAAGCACCUCGAGUACGGUUGUUAUCAGUGAGACAUUUACCAGUAGUGAUUUACCAACGGCCACAUUUGCGUCAGAAGAAACGACACGUUCUGCAGGCACUCCUGAUUCUACUAUUUCUAGUCAUGUUACAACGCCUGUGGUUGUCGACACCUCAAGGUCGCGGGACGAAACUAUAGGCUUUACUACAGAUACAUCAUUCACUGUAGCUAAUACAACUGCCUUAACAGACAGUACUUCAGGGAUGACGUUUGGAGAAGAAAACACCACAUCAUCUACAGUUUCCCGUGGUGUUACAGACAGCGGCCAAAACCAAACACUGCAAACAGAUUUAUUUAGCACAACCGCGCAACAGGACAGGACUACAUCUGGCACGACCCAGCCAAGGGAAACAAAGAGCUCUGCUACGGAUGGUGAUACUUCCGGAGUGUCGUCUACAAUGACAUCGCUUGCAGACGUUAGCUUUGAAAGCAGCACCAUAUCAGUGACCGAAUCCACUGCAAGAGGGUCAACUGAGGAAUCACAAGGAAGCACUAUUUCUGACGACAUAUCGACGCCUGUGUUCCAAGAUACGUUCUCAACUUUGCCAUCAACAGACAUACCAUCAAGUGUAACCGGCGAAACUAUCUCUCCAACUUUACCGGAUGACAUGACUACAGAAGAGUUUACUGAUGUAACGGGUACAACAGAAUUUUCAUCUGUGAAAACGUCGGCAAGUUCUAGCGAAAGCAAAAAGACGACGGAAUUUGAUGUUUCUCCAACAGAUUUCUUGUCAAGUACAGAUUCUUUUGUUUCACCAAGCACCGCGAGUACGGUUGUUAUCAGUGAAUCCUUUACCAGUAGUGAUUUACCAAUGGCCACAUUUGCGUCAGAAGAAACGACGCGCUCUGCAGGCACUCCUAAAUCUACUGUUUCUAGUGAUGUUACAACGCCUGUGGUUGUCGACACCUCAAGCUCGCGGGACGAAACUAUAGGCUUUACUACAGAUACAUCAUUCACUGUAGCUAAUACAACUGCCUUAACAGACAGUACUUCAGGGAUGACGUUUGGAGAAGAAAACACCACAUCAUCUACAGUUUCCCGUGGUGUUACAGAUACCAGCCAAAACCAAACACUGCAAACGGAUUUAUUUAGCACAACCGCGCCACAGGACAGGACUACAUCUGGCACGACACAGCCAAGGGAAACAGAGAGCUCUUCUACGGAUGGUGAUACUUCCGGAGUUUCGUCUACAAUGACAUCGCCUGCAGACGUUAGCUUUGAAAGCAGCACCAUAUCAGUGACCGAGUCCACUGCAAGACAGUCAACUGAGGAAUCACAAGGAACCACUAUUUCUGACGACACAUCGACGCGUAUGUUCCAAAAUACGUUCUCAACAUUGCCAUCAACAGACAUACCAUCAAGUGUAACCGGCGAAACUAUCUCUCCAACUUUACCGGAUGACAUGACUACAGAAGAGUUUACUGAUGUAACGGGUACAACAGAAUUUACAUCUGUGAAAACGUCGCCAAUUUCUAGCGAAAGCAGAAGGACGACGGAACUUGAUGUUUCUCUAACAGAUUUCUUGUCAAGUACAGAUUCUUCUGUUUCACCAAGCACCUCGAGUACGGUUGUUAUAAGUGAGACCUUUACCAGUAGUGAUUUACCAAUGGCCACAUUUGCGUCAGAAGAAACGACGCGUUCUGCAGGCACUCCUGAAUCUACUAUUUCAAGUGAUGUUACAACGCCUGUGGUUGUCGACACCUCAAGCUCGCGGGACGAAACUAUAGGCUUUACUACAGAUACAUCAUUCACUGUAGCUAAUACAACUGCCUUAACAGACAGUACUUCAGGGAUGACGUUUGGAGAAGAAAACACCACAUCAUCUACAGUUUCCCGUGGUGUUACAGAUAGCAGCCAAAACCAAACACUGCAAACGGAUUUAUUUAGCACAACCGCGCAACAGGACAGGACUACAUCUGGCACGACACAGCCAAGGGAAACAGAGAGCUCUUCUACGGAUGGUGAUACUUCCGGAGUUUCGUCUACAAUGACAUCGCCUGCAGACGUUAGCUUUGAAAGCAGCACCAUAUCAGUGACCGAGUCCACUGCAAGACAGUCAACUGAGGAAUCACAAGGAACCACUAUUUCUGACGACACAUCGACGCGUAUGUUCCAAAAUACGUUCUCAACAUUGCCAUCAACAGACAUACCAUCAAGUGUAACCGGCGAAACUAUCUCUCCAACUUUACCGGAUGACAUGACUACAGAAGAGUUUACUGAUGUAACGGGUACAACAGAAUUUACAUCUGUGAAAACGUCGGCAAUUUCUAGCGAAAGCAGAAGGACGACGGAACUUGAUGUUUCUCUAACAGAUUUCUUGUCAAGUACAGAUUCUUCUGUUUCACCAAGCACCUCGAGUACGGUUGUUAUCAGUGAGACAUUUACCAGUAGUGAUUUACCAACGACCACAUUUGCGUCAGAAGAAACGACACGUUCUGCAGGCACUCCUGAAUCUACUAUUUCUAGUGAUGUUACAACGCCUGUGGUUGUCGACACCUCAAGUUCGCGGGACGAAACUAUAGGCUUUACUACAGAUACAUCAUUCACUGUAGCUAAUACAACUGCCUUAACAGACAGUACUUCAGGGAUGACGUUUGGAGAAGAAAACACCACAUCAUCUACAGUUUCCCGUGGUGUUACAGACAGCGGCCAAAACCAAACACUGCAAACAGAUUUAUUUAGCACAACCGCGCAACAGGACAGGACUACAUCUGGCACGACCCAGCCAAGGGAAACAAAGAGCUCUGCUACGGAUGGUGAUACUUCCGGAGUGUCGUCUACAAUGACAUCGCUUGCAGACGUUAGCUUUGAAAGCAGCACCAUAUCAGUGACCGAAUCCACUGCAAGAGGGUCAACUGAGGAAUCACAAGGAAGCACUAUUUCUGACGACAUAUCGACGCCUGUGUUCCAAGAUACGUUCUCAACUUUGCCAUUAACAGACAUACCAUCAAGUGUAACCGGCGAAACUAUCUCUCCAACUUUACCGGAUGACAUGACUACAGAAGAGUUUACUGAUGUAACGGGUACAACAGAAUUUUCAUCUGUGAAAACGUCGGCAAGUUCUAGCGAAAGCAAAAAGACGACGGAAUUUGAUGUUUCUCCAACAGAUUUCUUGUCAAGUACAGAUUCUUUUGUUUCACCAAGCACCGCGAGUACGGUUGUUAUCAGUGAAUCCUUUACCAGUAGUGAUUUACCAAUGGCCACAUUUGCGUCAGAAGAAACGACGCGCUCUGCAGGCACUCCUAAAUCUACUGUUUCUAGUGGUGUUACAACGCCUGUGGUUGUCGACACCUCAAGCUCGCGGGACGAAACUAUAGGCUUUACUACAGAUACAUCAUUCACUGUAGCUAAUACAACUGCCUUAACAGACAGUACUUCAGGGAUGACGUUUGGAGAAGAAAACACCACAUCAUCUACAGUUUCCCGUGGUGUUACAGAUACCAGCCAAAACCAAACACUGCAAACGGAUUUAUUUAGCACAACCGCGCAACAGGACAGGACUACAUCUGGCACGACACAGCCAAGGGAAACAGAGAGCUCUUCUACGGAUGUUGAUACUUCCGGAGUUUCGUCUACAAUGACAUCGCCUGCAGACGUUAGCUUUGAAAGCAGCACCAUAUCAGUGACCGAGUCCACUGCAAGACAGUCAACUGAGGAAUCACAAGGAAGCACUAUUUCUGACGACACAUCGACGCGUAUGUUCCAAAAUACGUUCUCAACAUUGCCAUCAACAGACAUACCAUCAAGUGUAACCGGCGAAACUAUCUCUCCAACUUUACCGGAUGACAUGACUACAGAAGAGUUUACUGAUGUAACGGGUACAACAGAAUUUACAUCUGUGAAAACGUCGGCAAUUUCUAGCGAAAGCAGAAGGACGACGGAACUUGAUGUUUCUCUAACAGAUUUCUUGUCAAGUACAGAUUCUUCUGUUUCACCAAGCACCUCGAGUACGGUUGUUAUCAGUGAGACAUUUACCAGUAGUGAUUUACCAACGGCCACAUUUGCGUCAGAAGAAACGACACGUUCUGCAGGCACUCCUGAUUCUACUAUUUCUAGUCAUGUUACAACGCCUGUGGUUGUCGACACCUCAAGGUCGCGGGACGAAACUAUAGGCUUUACUACAGAUACAUCAUUCACUGUAGCUAAUACAACUGCCUUAACAGACAGUACUUCAGGGAUGACGUUUGGAGAAGAAAACACCACAUCAUCUACAGUUUCCCGUGGUGUUACAGACAGCGGCCAAAACCAAACAAUGCAAACAGAUUUAUUUAGCACAACCGCGCAACAGGACAGGACUACAUCUGGCACGACCCAGCCAAGGGAAACAAAGAGCUCUGCUACGGAUGGUGAUACAUCCGGAGUUUCGUCUACCAUGACAUCGCCUGCAGACGUUAGCUUUGAAAGCAGCACCAUAUCAGUGACCGAAUCCACUGCAAGACAGUCAACUGAGGAAUCACAAGGAAGCACUAUUUCUGACGACAUAUCGACGCCUGUGUUCCAAGAUACGUUCUCAACUUUGCCAUCAACAGACAUACCAUCAAGUGUAACCGGCGAAACUAUCUCUCCAACUUUACCGGAUGACAUGACUACAGAAGAGUUUACUGAUGUAACAGGUACAACAGAAUUUACAUCUGUGAAAACGUCGGCAAUUUCUAGCGAAAGCAGAAGGACGACGGAAUUUGAUGUUUCUCUAACAGAUUUCUUGUCAAGUACAGAUUCUUCUGUUUCACCAAGCACCGCGAGUACGGUUGUUAUCAGUGAGACCUUUACCAGUAGUGAUUUACCAACGGCCACAUUUGCGUCAGAAGAAACGACGCGCUCUGCAGGCACUUCUGAAUCUACUAUUUCUAGUCAUGUUACAACGCCUGUGGUUGUCGACACCUCAAGCUCGCGGGACGAAACUAUAGGCUUUACUACAGAUACAUCAUUUACUGUAGCUAAUACAACUGCCUUAACAGACAGUACUUCAGGGAUGACGUUUGGAGAAGAAAACACCACAUCAUCUACAGUUUCCCGUGGUGUUAGAGGUAGCGACCAAAACCAAACAAUGCAAACGGAUUUAUUUAGCACAACCGCGCAACAGGACAGGACUACAUCUGGCACGACACAGCUAAGGGAAACAGAGAGCUCUUCUACGGAUGGUGAUACUUCCGGAGUUUUGUCUACAAUGACAUCGCCUGCAGACGUUAGCUUUAAAAGCAGCACCAUAUCAGUGACCGAAUCCACUGCAAGACAGUCAACUGAGGAAUCACAAGGAAGCACUAUUUCUGACGACAUAUCGACGCGUAUGUUCCAAGAUACGUUCUCAACUUUGCCAUCAACAGACAUACCAUCAAGUGUAACCGGCGAAACUAUCUCUCCAACUUUACCGGAUGACAUGACUACAGAAGAGUUUACUGAUGUAACGGGUACAACAGAAUUUACAUUUGUGAAAACGUCGGCAAGUUCUAGCGAAAGCAAAAAGACGACGGACUUUGAUGUUUCUCCAACAGAUUUCUUGUCAAGUACAGAUGUUUCUGUUUCACCAAGCACCGCGAGUACGGUUGUUAUCAGUGAGACCUUUACCAGUAGUGAUUUACCAACGGCCACAUUUGCGUCAGAAGAAACGACGCGUUCUGCAGGCACUCCUGAAUCUACUAUUUCAAGUGAUGUUACAACGCCUGUGGUUGUCGACACCUCAAGCUCGCGGGACGAAACUAUAGGCUUUACUACAGAUACAUCAUUCACUGUAGCUAAUACAACUGCCUUAACAGACAGUACUUCAGGGAUGACGUUUGGAGAAGAAAACACCACAUCAUCUACAGUUUUCCGUGGUGUUACAGAUAACGGCCAAAACCAAACAGUGCAAACGGAUUUAUUUAGCACAACCGCGCCACAGGACAGGACUACAUCUGGCACGACACAGCCAAGGGAAACAAAGAGCUCUGCUACGGAUGGUGAUACUUCCGGAGUUUUGUCUACAAUGACAUCGCCUGCAGACGUUAGCUUUGAAAGCAGCACCAUAUCAGUGACCGAAUCCACUGCAAGACAGUCAACUGAGGAAUCACAAGGAAGCACUAUUUCUGACAACAUAUCGACGCCUGUGUUCCAAUAUACGUUCUCAACUUUGCCAUCAACAGACAUACCAUCAAGUGUAACCGGCGAAACUAUCUCUCCAACUUUACCCUAUGACAUGACUACAGAAGAGUUUACUGAUGUAACGGGUACAACAGAAUUUACAUCUGUGAAAACGUCGGCAAGUUCUAGCGAAAGCGAAAGGACGACGGAUUUUGGUGUUUCUCCAACAGAUCUCUUGUCAAGUACAGAUUCUUUUGUUUCACCAAGCACCGCAAGUACGAUUGUUAUAAGUGAGACCUUUACCAGUAGUGAUUUACCAACGGCCACAUUUGUGUCAGAAGAAACGACGCGCUCUGCAGGCACUCCUGAAUCUACUAUUUCUAGUGAUGUUACAACGCCUGUGGUUGUCGACACCUCAAGCUCGCGGGACGAAACUAUAGGCUUUACUACAGAUACAUCAUUCACUGUAGCUAAUACAACUGCCUUAACAGACAGCGCUUCAGGGAUGACGUUUGGAGAAGAAAACACCACAUCAUCUACAGUUUCCCGUGGUGUUACAGAUAACGGCCAAAACCAAACACUGCAAACGGAUUUAUUUAGCACAACCGCGCAACAGGACAGGACUACAUCUGGCACGACACAGCUAAGGGAAACAGAGAGCUCAGCUGCGGAUGGUGAUACUUCCGGAGUUUUGUCUACCAUGACAUCGCCUGCAGACGUUAGCUUUGAAAGCAGCACCAUAUCAGUGACCGAAUCCACUGCAAGACAGUCAACCGAGGAAUCACAAGGAAGCACUAUUUCUGACGACACAUCGACGCGUAUGUUCCAAAAUACGUUCUCAACUUUGCCAUCAACAGACAUACCAUCAAGUGUAACCGGCGAAACUAUCUCUCCAACUUUACCGGAUGACAUGACUACAGAAGAGUUUACUGAUGUAACGGGUACAACAGAAUUUACAUCUGUGAAAACGUCGGCAAGUUCUAGCGAAAGCAAAAAGACGACGGAAUUUGAUGUUUCUCCAACAGAUUUCUUGUCAAGUACAGAUUCUUCUGUUUCACUAAGCACCGCGAGUACGGUUGUUAUCAGUGAGACCUUUACCAGUAGUGAUUUACCAACGGCCACAUUUGCGUCAGAAGAAACGACGCGUUCUGCAGGCACUCCUGAAUCUACUAUUUCAAGUGAUGUUACAACGCCUGUGGUUGUCGACACCUCAAGUUCACGUGACGAAACUAUAGGCUUUACUACAGAUACAUCAUUUACUGUAGCUAAUACAACUGCCUUAACAGACAGUACUUCAGGGAUGACGUUUGGAGAAGAAAACACAUCAUCCAUUGUUACAGUUUUUAAAUCCAGCCCAAAACUGUCAACUAUGGAAUCACAAAGGCCCACUGUGUCUGACGACACAUCCAGGCCUCUGCUCCAGGAUGGGUCUUCAACUUUAACAUUAACAGACAGACCGACAAGGCUAACCAGAGAAACUAUUUCUCCAUCUUUUCCGGAUGGCAAGUCUACAGAAGAGUUUACUGAUGUAACGGGUACAACAGAAUUUGGUGUCUCUGCAACAGAUUCCGUGUCAAAGACCACAUCACCUCCAGGUUUUUACCGAACAGAGUUUUACCAGUGUUUUGAAUACAUCGAGAAGUAG